GGUAUUGAACACAAUGCGACGUUACGUUUGGCUGCCACCAGGUCCUUCAAAGCCGGACUCUUCAAAACAGUGAGCGGGAUCGGGGGCACGCCCAGAAUAUUUAUAGGGGCACAUCGCACCAGAAAGUGGAUCCGGUGUGAGGAGUCUUUUUGAUGAUACCAGCUCCUGUCACAACUUGAUCACCAACAAAGAGCACACCAUUCUGAGUUAUUUGAAGGAGAGCUGAUUUUCUCAACUGCUGUUGGACCUUACUAAACCACUGAAGAGCCAAUCCCAGUACAGCAUUUUGAUCAGGUGACGUCGGAGGACCAAUCACCAUGGACUCAGAAGGAGGAUGUUAUAACUGCAUGAAGUACUUGUUGUUUGUCUUCAACCUGCUUUUCUGGCUAUCGGGAGCAGCCCUGCUGGGUGUGGGGAUCUGGGUCAUCGUGGCGCAGCAGAGUUUCAUCACGCUGGUCGGGGACAACCCCCUCUUCAUCACCGGCGCAUACAUCCUCAUCGGGGUCGGAGCUUUCGUGUUCUUCGUCGGCUUCCUGGGCUGCUGUGGCGCCAUCAAGGAGAGCAAGUGCAUGCUCAUCCUGUUCUUCAUCCUCCUCCUGCUGAUCUUCGCGGCUGAGAUCGUGGCCGCCGUGCUGGCUUUCAUGUUCAGAGCUAAGACGGAGCAGGUUUUGUCAGACAUGAUGAACAAGACACUGCAGGAAGACUACAAAGGACCCAAGGCUCAGGACCCCACAUCUGCCGCAUGGAACUACGUCCAGAUCAUCUUUGGCUGCUGUGGUACAACAGGCUACAAGGACUGGCUGACAUCGGACUGGGUUCAGAACCAGGGGCAGGGCACACGGAUGGACUUCCCCUCCUCCUGCUGCACCAGGGACAAGCUCUCGCUCGACAACCUGCCCAAGAACCAGACCGCCUGCUACGCCAAUCCUGACGACCCCAUGUUCAUGAACUCCGGGGGCUGUUUUGAGAAGAUGAAAUCAGAGUUCCAACAGAAGAUUCUCAUCAUCGCUAUCGUAGGAAUCGCCAUCGCAGCAGUCAUGAUCCUUGGCAUGGUGUUCUCCAUCUGUAUGGUGCGGAACAUGGAGGAAAACACCAGGAUGUAGAUGUUUGUGAAGCAGUAUCUGUGCCUUGUGAACAAGUGGUCAUGUUUACUGUAACCUCCACCAAUCACACUGAACCAUCCUGUUCCGAACCUGCUGUCACAGAAUAAGGAGCUUACUUUACAACUCAGUCUCAUGCAAAAUACUUCUCAAAAUACAUAGUGUUGAAAAUGGCUCUAGAACAAAUACAAUGAAUACAAGUUUCGUGAUAGCUUUUAUGCAAGUGUGUUCACCAUUUAACAAUUUGGACUUAAGGGGCGUGUAGAUUUAUUUCUACAGCUUUGUGAUAUGUUGAACACAUUUGUAUAAAAGUUACAAGAAUAUUUUUACAAAAGUUGUAACUGACAUUAGGAUUCCUUCCAAUACAGGUCAUUGAGCUCCCACAUGCUCAAACUACAGAUUGGACAAGUUUAUGACAAACUCUCUGUGCCAUAGACUAAGGUUAUUUUGUUCAGCAUUUGUUUCUUUGAUACUUUAUGAAACAAAGCUCUUUUUCCAGACCAAAAUCAUAAUGUCAGAAGCACAAUUAUGAUGUAUGAAUUUCCAGAGAAGUUAAAAAGUUAUCCUACCCUGCAAUCAAGGUACAGAAAAGUUACAUCUCAUUUUUCUUUAUCACAAAUUUGUGCUUUAACCUCUUUAAUUUUUUUAGUUACAGUAGAUAAAAGCUGUGAAUUGGCUGCCAAAAGACUUCUUUUUGAGACUUUGAAAAGAAAAAAAACUGUUUUAAAAUCAUGUACCAAUCUUUUCAUGAUAGCAUAAUUGUGUAAUAAUGUUAACAUUAAUGACUUACAUUUUUGUGUAUAUAAUGUUUGUGACAAAUCAUGGUUGAAAUUUCUCAUCUUAUUUCUUAGUGAAGUUUACACUAAGAUAGUGAACUUAAAAUGUCUUAGAGUACUUAUAUUUUAGCCCAUUGUUGGCUAUGUGGAAAGUAGGACAAAUGAUGUUUAACAAAUAUUGAUUAUAUGAUUGUGAAGAUAUUUUUAGCGGAGCUAUCUGUAUUACCUCUUUGGACCUGAUUCCAGGAUAUUAUACCUCUAUAUAUACCUCUUUGGAGCUGACUAACGUUACUUCUCACACAUUUUGUUGCAAGUAUUUCCUGAACUUCCUUCUCUAUAUUUCACUGAAGAAGACGAAUUCGCAUCCCUGGGUGAACCAUUGUUAAUGUUUGUUACACAUCACCCUGGACGAGAAUACAAUCUAGUAGAGCCUGUAUGUUGCCAUGUUUGUGUCAAGUAAUGAUUAAGAUUGUCUGUGACAAAGAGAGCUGAUACUGGAAAAUAUUGCCACCUUGUUUGGCCAAAAACUACAUGGCAAAGGCGAAAGCUGUUGCAAACUUUAUACAGUUGACUACUGUAUACCCCAUUACUGCUGCCUAUCUCUCAUUAUAUGCCAAUGUUGAAAGCUUCUUUUUGUUUUUGAUUCAUUCAUAACGAUUUUAAUUUUUUUUCUGGCUUAAGCAAGUAUCCAGAACUUGUGCAAUGUGUGCUCCUUUUCUGUUACUGUGGAAAACAGAAUUUAACUUUUCAGUGUAUCAAUGCCUCUUUGCACAGACAUCCUAGAAGUAAUAUCACUGUCCUCCUGAAAUAAUACCUACAAGGAACACACGGGUUUAACAUACACUCAGAACGUCCUCACUUCAUGUUGCUUCAUCCCAUUGUGUUGUUGAGUGGAUUUUUGUUGCAAGCUUAAUAGAGAGCAAAUUUGAUGUAGUCUUAUAACUGUGGAUAGAUGGACUUCAUUGUUCUUUUGUACAAUGUGAAUCUGAUGUUACACUCUUACUGGAGUCAAUAAAAUUGAAGUGUUGGUUGUCA